CGAAACGUAAUCGGAUUUCUUUGCGAAACCGAGAUUCAUAGACAAAUAGACUCUUUACUUUGUGUAACUCAAUCUCACGAUCAUCGUCAGUCUGUGUGUUCUUAUCAGCACAAGGUAGAGAGGGGCAUGCUUAACUGGGGCUGAAUCAGGUAGCUGUACCUGUAGCACCACCGUGUAUCCGAGAGGGGUUCCUGGUGACAAACACAGCACAAUACAAAUACAACUUAUCACCAUUCAUGAACACUCACUUCCAUAUUCCUCAAAAUCUCGAGUCCCGAUCAUGACCAGCGUCGCAAAGAUUCCCGUCAUCGACAUCUCCGAUGACAACCAAGACCAGGCCCAAGUGGCCAAGGAGCUGGUCGAGGCCGCUAUCGAACAUGGCUUCAUCUAUAUAAAGAACACGGGCAAAGCCAUUCCCGUUGAAGACGUAGAUGCUGCGUUUGAAUUGGCCAGGAAGCUGUUCAAGGAGACUCCCGUCGAAGAGAAGCAAGCAUGCACCAUCCAGAAGAACAAUCGGGGUUGGUCAGCCAUGCACUAUGAGACCCUCGAUCCCAAGAACCAGCGUGUCGGCGACUUCAAAGAAGCCUUCAACUUCGGCGAACCCUCUCCCACCAACCACCUCCAACAGCCAAUCCCCCCCACCAUUUCUUCUGCAGAACCAUUUAUCUCCCGCUUCCACACCCUAUGCCACCACCUCUCCCUCCGCCUCAACACCUUACUGGGAAUCGGCCUCUCCGUCUCCCCUCCCGAUUUCUUCACCUCUGCUCACCUGCGCGAGAACGGCGCAUCCGGUACCAUCCUCCGAUUACUUUACUACCCUUCUCUUUCCUCCCUCACAUCCCAAUCCCAGGGGCACGAAGUUUCUAGAACUAGUGUGAAGGAAAAAGAAGAUGUCAGAGCCGGCGCCCACUCCGAUUAUGGAAGUAUGACGUUGCUUUUCAGAUUAAAGGGGCAGGCAGGGUUGGAAAUCCAGACUAGAGAAGGAAACUGGGUGCCCGUCCCCGUCUGCCCGCCAGGGACGGAAAAUGAUCCGCAACCGCCUAUACUGGUGAAUAUUGGGGAUUUGUUGAGUUAUUGGACUAAUGGGUUGUUGAGGAGUACGGUGCAUCGGGUUGUUUUUCCGGGAGCGCAAGCGAACGGGUCGGGGCAGGAAGGGCAGGAAGGGAAGGGGAACAGUUUGGUGGAGGGGGAAAGUGGUGAAGGGGAAAGGUAUAGUAUUGCUUACUUUUGUCAUCCGGUUGAGUCGAUGAAAUUGGAGCCGGUGCCGAGUGAGAGGGUAAGAGCGUUUGGGGAGGAGAAUGGAAAGGCGGUGGUUAAUGGGGAGAAGAAGAUGUUGACUGCUGAUGAGCAUUUGAAUAUGAGGCUGCAGGCGAGCUAUCUGAAGUUGUAUGAGGAUGAGAACAAGGAGUGAUAGUUUGGGUUGGUAUGAAUAUGCUAUAGAUGAGACUGGAACUUUAAAAUUUCCAGUGACCAGAACUAUCCGUCGUAUAUGAGUUGAUAAAAAGUUCCAAUCCAGGCGAAUGCGUCUCAAAACCCCAUCCAUAAUC